GGCUAGGGUUGCAGAGAGAACUGGAACUGGGUUCGCCUUAGGGGAAGACAGUGCAGCCAAUCGGUCCCCUCCCACACCCUACUCCGAGGGGUUGGGCAAUAGAGGAGAGGUUGGGGUUGGAGCAGCAGUGAGGGGGCCCCUCCCCGCAUCCCCCCCCCAGACUUGGUCGCGCCCGAAGUGUAACACUUUCUCUUUGUCGGAGGAGCUCCUCUGUUUCCUGUGCAGCAGCUGUAGCAGCCCUGGCGGACGAAGGAGCAGGAGAGAUGGCAGCUGCGGAUAUAGCUCGCCAGGGCGAAGGUUGCCGAACUGUCCCCCUGGCUGGACAUGUGGGGUUUGACAGCUUGCCUGACCAGCUGGUGAAUAAGGCAGUCAGCCAGGGCUUCUGCUUCAACAUCCUGUGUGUGGGGGAGACAGGUUUGGGCAAGUCCACCCUCAUGGAUACCCUGUUCAACACCAACUUUGAGGGGGAGCCAGCCACCCACACACAGCCAGGGGUUCAACUCCGAUCCAACACCUAUGACCUCCAGGAGAGCAAUGUGGGGCUGAAGCUCACAAUUGUGAGCACCAUGGGCUUUGGGGACCAGAUCAACAAGGAGGACAGCUACAAGCCCAUCAUGGAAUUCAUCGAUGCUCAGUUUGAAGCCUACCUGCAGGAGGAGUUGAAGAUCCGGAGAGUACUGCACACCUACCAUGACACCCGAAUCCACGUCUGCUUGUAUUUCAUUGCCCCAACAGGACAUUCGCUUAAGUCUCUGGAUCUAGUAACCAUGAAGAAGCUGGAUAGUAAGGUGAACAUCAUCCCCAUCAUUGCCAAAUCAGAUGCCAUUUCUAAGAGUGAGCUGACAAAGUUCAAGAUUAAAAUCACCAGUGAACUUGUGAGCAAUGGAGUCCAGAUCUAUCAGUUCCCCACGGAUGAUGAGUCGGUGUCUGAGAUCAAUGGAACCAUGAAUGCCCACCUGCCGUUUGCUGUUAUUGGCAGCACAGAAGAAGUAAAGAUAGGCAACAAGAUGAUGAAGGCACGGCAGUAUCCUUGGGGGACUGUGCAGGUUGAAAACGAGACCCACUGCGAUUUUGUGAAGCUGCGAGAGAUGCUGAUUCGGAUCAACAUGGAGGAUCUGCGGGAGCAGACCCACACCCGGCACUAUGAAUUGUACCGCCGCUGUAAGCUGGAGGAGAUGGGCUUCAAGGACACCGACCCUGACAGCAAGCCAUUCAGUUUACAGGAGACAUAUGAGGCGAAAAGAAAUGAGUUCCUAGGGGAGCUCCAGAAAAAAGAAGAAGAGAUGAGACAGAUGUUUGUCCAGAGAGUCAAAGAGAAAGAAGCUGAGCUCAAGGAGGCAGAAAAAGAGCUGCAUGAGAAAUUUGACCGUCUGAAGAAACUGCACCAAGAAGAGAAGAAGAAGCUAGAGGAGAAGAAGAAAUCCCUGGAUGAUGAAGUGAAUGCUUUCAAACAGAGAAAGACAGCAGCUGAGCUGCUCCAGUCUCAGGGUUCUCAGGCUGGAGGUUCACAGACUCUGAAAAGAGACAAAGAGAAGAAGAACUUUUUUUAACCUUGUCUUCAGCAGCUGUACUAAAUCUAAAGGAGAAGACUGCCAUUCUAGAAGAGUUAGUUAGGGCUUCAUGUUGUCUCAAGCAAGAAACCAACCAGUUCCCCUCCCCUGCAACUGCGCACAUAUACACCACACUCAACAAGUGUACAUGUGUCCCUGUGUCCAGGCAAGAAGCUCUCUUCUGACUCACAUGGUGUUUUACAUGGAAGUGUCUUGUCCUAAACUCACAAGGCAGGAAAAGAAUCAUCAGAGCUGGAAAUGGACCAAAUGUAACCUCAGAGAGACAACGACAAGACUUACCCAGGUGUUAAGUGACUGGGGCAGGAGACCUCAGCUGUGGGUGUAGAAGUACUGUUCACACGGUUUUGAGUUUGAUGUUUGUUCAGUUUUUUUUUUUAAACACUUCUCUGGUUCUGACUGUCUUCAAGCACUAUGAAAUUGAUUCUGAAUAUGGACAAGAAAGUUGAGUGACAUUUGCAUCUUUGGCUUUCACAGGCUGUCUGCAGACCCCAGCAAGGAGGGAGAAAUGGAGCAAUUAAUAUUCAGCUAGAGAAAGACAUGAGGGGGUUUUGAGCUUAGUGAGAGCAAAGCUUCUCGACAUAAACUUCCAAGUUGCUUUGGAGGUUUUACAAGAGGCUUCUGCUCAACUUGGUAUCUGGCAGGAGAGCUUUGAUGUCGGUACAUCUGCCUUGAAUUCAUUGGCUUUACUUAACAUAUGAAUACCAUGUGAAUGUGCUCAUUGCCAUGUAUUCAUCCCACAAACGCCAACAUUCUGCCAUUCCGUCUCCUGAGAGAGCCUCUUUGCAUGUUUUCCAGAAUCUGUGUUUGUUUUCCUUUCUUUGUGGUUCUUUUUGCUCCAAGGUGUGACCAGUCACUUCCCCUCUGGGGCUUUCCUUUUCCACGAGCUACUUCCCAGAGCCAGCACUGUUUAGCUCAUUAUCUUUCUAAUGUCCAUGUCAGUUUUCAAUAAAAUUCAAAGAAAUGGCUCAGUGGCUCUAUGAUCUGCUCCCAUCAGUUGGUGGCAUGGCACACCACAGUUCGUUUUAUAAUGGAUGGCCACCUCCUGAGUAAAUAAGUUGGGAGGCUCAGAGAGACACCAUGAACCCACCAAGUCUUCCUUGGUGCACUGCCAUGCCUUUCCUUUCUUCUUCCUGGGUCUGGAAUUCCAAUGGGACAGGGUGGGUAUUAGCAUGUACUCUUCUGCUUUUCCUUUAAUUAGCAUUGUUUAGACUAAUCAAAUGAACUGAGCGUCAGAGAGUGGGGGUAGGGUGAACACAGAAAAUGGCAUUCCACAGAAAAAAGAUCCAGGUAAGUUUUAAUUAUGAAACCAAAACAGCUCUUUGCUACUUCCUUCAUUUACUCCUGUGAUGUGAAUCUCCUAAUUUCCUGAGUUGAAAGGCAUUCUGUAGAUACUAAGCCUUGAGUCUCUCAGGGAUGCCUCCCUGGCAUUAAGGUAGGCAAAAGGGAAAGACGUCAGAGAUAUCAGUUUUCAUAAAUCUGGUUGUGAGUAAAGCUUCAUUUGCCUAAUGACCAAAUGCUGAAGAAAGGACCAGGGAGUCUUCUCCUUAGGAAAACCUGGAAGCCUCUGCUUGGGUACCAGAGUAAACAGCAUUGACCUGCCUCUACGCAGCGUGCACACUAGGGGGCAGCAGAGUCCCCUAUGACGUUGCUGAACAUUGAUCUUGUGGAGGUGUGGGAAAAUACAGAAUUCUUAGCCUGCUGGAACAGGGGGAAAGUUAUGUUAAGGAGCCAAAAGCAGACUGAUGAUACAGUAAAAUGCCAAACCAAACUGUCUGAUUUCCAUCCCCGGGACCCACAUGGUGAAAGUAGAUGCCUGAUUCCUUGUAAGUUGUUCUCUGAUCUCCCACACACAUGCCCUGGCACUCUACUUCCACCCCCUCACAGAAGAAGAACACCAAAAUCUGAGUUUGAAGCCUUGGGUUCCGUUUCCAGUACUAAAAACAAUAAAAUCCCCAAACUCCAAAAAGCCAGUGAUGGUGUCACAUUCUUAUAAUCUCAGCAUUCAGAAAUUGUAGGGAAGAGGAUGUCUUGUCUGACCAAACAUAGUGAGUCUGGGGCCAGUCCGGGUUACUUAUCCAGACUCUGUCUCAGCACUGUGGCAGUGCUGGUUGGGGGUGAGGCUUCUCUAGAAAAGGAGAGUACCAGAAAAUCCUUUCUAGAACUAAUACACAUUGAAGAUACAAAGUAUCUGGGCAUUAGGGCCAACAAGAUGCCUCAGCAGGAAAAGUGUCUUUGGCCAAACCUAAUGACCCGAGUUUGACCCCUCAUGUGGUGGAUAUAGAGAACUGACACAUGCAAUUGUCAAUUCUAAAUUUAAGUCAUGUGCCGUGGUUCAGGCAAAUGUGGGAACAAACUCACUAAAUAAAUGAAAAUAAAAAACAUCAUUCAUGGGUGAAGCUGGAGAGAUGACCCACAUGUUAAGAGCACUUAGUGCUUUUGCUGAGGACCAGGUUCCUAAGCACAAAAGCUGGGUCAGGAAUUCACAUCUGCCCCUGUAACUGCAGCUUCAUGGGCUUCCUCUCCCUCUUCUGGCCUCUGAAGCUCCAGAAUUCAU